AAGGGGUGUGGAUCUCAUUUCCCCCUUUUCCCCCUUUUUUUUUAUUUCUCAUUUUUGGAGAAUCUCUAUCAACACGAGGUGGAAACAUUAGAAACUUUCUGAAUCAUCCAAGAUGGAUUUUGUGCCAUCGCUGAUUGGAUUUUUAAUGGCAAUGUGUCAUCUGGCGUUGAGAGUCCGAGGAGAAGAGGCAUCGGAGUGCGGCGGGAUGCACGACGCCAGCAAGGCGGGCUACAUCACCUCCCCCGGUUACCCUCUGGAGUACCCGCCUCACCAGAACUGCCACUGGAUCAUCACGGCGCCCGAGUCGUCGCAGCGAAUCGUCCUCAACUUCAACCCGCACUUUGAGAUCGAGCGGCUGGACUGCAAGUACGACUUCAUCGAGAUCCGCGACGGGACCUUGGACACGGCCGACGUCCUGGGUCGCCACUGCAGCAACAUCGCCCCGGCGCCGAUCAUCUCCUCCGGCCCCUCCCUGCAGAUCCGGUUCGUCUCGGACUACGCCCACCAGGGGGCGGGCUUCUCCCUGCGCUACGAGAUCUUCAAAACAGGGUCGGAAUUCUGCUUCCGCAACUUCACCAGCCCGUCGGGCAUGAUCGAGUCGCCGGGCUUCCCCGACAAGUACCCGCACAACCUGGAGUGCUCCUACAUGAUCAUCGCCCCCCCGCGCAUGGACAUCACCCUCACCUUCCUCACCUUCGACCUGGAGAACGACCCCCUGCUGGUGGGCGAGGGCGACUGCAAGUACGACUGGCUGGACGUGUGGGACGGCCUGCCGCAAGUGGCGCCUCUGAUUGGCCGGUACUGCGGAACAAAGAUCCCUCCGGAGAUCCAGUCGUCCUCCGGCCUGCUCUCCCUCUCCUUCCACACCGACAUGGCCGUGGCCAAAGACGGCUUCUCGGCCCGAUACAACAUGACGCACAAAGAAGUCACCGACUCGUUCCACUGCAGCAUGGCGCUCGGCCUGGAGUCGGGCAAGAUCAGCGACGACCAGAUCAGCGCGUCCACGACCUUCUACGACAGCCGCUGGUUGCCGCGGCAGGCCCGCCUCAACAACGAGGACAACGCCUGGACGCCGUCGGAGGACAGCAACAAGGAGUUCAUCCAGGUCGACCUCCAGUUCCUGAAGGUUCUGACGGGCAUCGCCACCCAAGGCGCCGUUUCCAAGGAGACGCAGAAGUCCUACUACGUCACCACCUUCAAGCUGGAGGUCAGCACCAACGGCGAGGACUGGAUGGUGUACCGCCACGGCAAGAACCACAAGAUCUUCCACGCCAACACGGACCCGGCGGAGGUCGUGCUGAACCGCGUGCCGCAGCCGGUGCUCGCCCGCUUCGUCCGCAUCCGGCCGCAGACCUGGAGGAACGGCAUCGCCCUGCGCUUCGAGCUCUACGGGUGUCAGAUCACAGACGCUCCCUGCUCUGACCUCCAGGGGCUGCUCUCCGGCCUGCUGCCCGACGCACAGAUCUCGGCGUCCUCCAGCCGGGACAUGGUGUGGAACCCCGGCACCGCCCGCCUGGUGGCGAGCCGCUCCGGCUGGUUCCCGGCUCCCGCUCAGCCCCUGGCAGGAGAGCAGUGGCUGCAGGUGGACCUGGGCGUGGCCACCACGGUGCGUGGCGUGAUCACCCAGGGAGCGAGGGGGGGGGACGCCGGCAGCGGGGCGACCACGGACAACCGGGCGUUCGUCCGCAAGUACAAAGUGGCGCACAGCCUGAACGCCAAGGAGUGGAACUUCAUCAUGGACUCCAAGACCAGUCUCCCGAAGAUUUUCGAGGGCAACACGCACUACGACACCCCCGAGCUGCGUCACUUCGAGGAGACGGUGGCCCAGUUCGUCCGGCUGUAUCCGGAGCGGUGGUCUCCAGCCGGGAUCGGGAUGCGAGUGGAGAUCCUGGGCUGUGCUCUUCCAGAACCCACCACGCCGGCCGAGACGGUCACGCCAACUCUGCCCCCCGACACCGAGACCACCACCGUCCCCAUCACCACGACGGCGGCCUCCUCUUCUUCAUCUGACAGCGUGUGUGACUUUGACCACGGCCUGUGUGGGUGGACACACGACCCCAACGCCCCUCUCUUCUGGUCCCUGCACAGCCACGAGCUCAACAGCUAUCUCUACAUGGACGCCAGCCUGAAGACGGAGCAGCAGCGCGCCCGCCUGGUGAGCCCGGUGGUGGCGGCGGAGACCGGGCCCCUGUGCCUCCUCUUCUCCUACCAGCUGUGGGGGGAGGCCCAGGCCCACCUGAAGGUUCUCCUGAGGGACGCCCACAGCGAGGAGACGCUGCUCUGGACGCUGACGGACGACCAGGGCUCCCUGUGGAAGGAGGGACGCACCAUCCUGCCUCGCUCCCCCAAAGACUUCCAGGUUGUGAUGGAGGGUUUCUUCGUGCACGGCACCAGAGGACACAUCUGGAUAGACAACAUCCACAUAAGCUCCAGCACCCCCCUGAAAGAGUGUACACAACCCUUCGCCGCGUUUCCUCCUGAAAACCCAGAGCGGAAACCCAAUGAGUUUGGAGAUGGGCGACUUUUCAGCGGCAGAGACCCCCUGGGGGGAGUCCUGCAGUUCCCCGAGUGGAACACGGCGUCCCCGUCCUCCGACCCCCCCGUCACCCGCGUGUCAGAGAAGGACAACUCGUGGCUCUACACCCUGGACCCCAUCCUGGUCACCAUCAUCGUCAUGAGUUCCCUGGGCGUCCUGCUGGGGGCGGUGUGCGCCGGCCUCCUGCUCUACUGCACCUGCUCCUACAGCGGCCUGUCCUCGCGCUCCUCCACCACGCUGGAGAACUACAACUUCGAACUGUACGACGGCCUCAAGCACAAGGUCAAACUCAACCAACAGCGCUGCUGCACCGAGGCGUGA